AUGCAUACAUGUUUAGCGCUGAAUUGUAUUACAUGCGAAGCUGAAGAAAACGGUGCGCUAUGGCCACGUACGAAGAGUUUAUUCAACAAAAUGAGGAUCGAGAUGCCGCUGAAAGAGAGGCCAGAUCUACCGCCCAUUCAGUAUGAGCCUGUGCUUUGCACAAGAAAUACUUGCCGUGCAGUAUUAAAUCCUAUGUGUCAAGUUGAUUACAGGGCCAAGUUAUGGGUCUGUAAUUUCUGCUUCCAGAGAAAUCCUUUUCCUCCUCAAUAUGCAGCUAUAUCAGAACAGCAUCAGCCUGCUGAACUUAUUCCCAACUUCUCCACUAUAGAGUACACUAUUACCAGGGCCCAAAGUAUGCCCCCAAUUUUCCUUUUAGUAGUGGAUACCUGCUUAGAUGAGGAAGAACUGGGAGCUUUAAAGGAUUCUCUUCAAACAUCACUUAGUUUAAUGCCCCAGAAUGCAUUAGUUGGUCUUAUUACCUUUGGACGUAUGGUACAAAUCCAUGAAUUAGGUACUGAAGGUAUUUACAAAUGCUAUGUAUUCAAGGGCACAAAAGAUCUAUCAGCGAAACAAAUACAAGAACAACUGGCCAUUGGCAGAGUCAAUGUACCAAAUCCACAACAAAGACCAGGAGCUCCUACCCCACAGCCUCCUGCUCACCGUUUUUUGCAGCCAGUUAAGCAGUGUGAUAUGGCUCUAACUGAUCUUUUAAGUGAACUUGGAAGGGACCCCUGGCCACUUGGUGUUGGGAAGCGUCCUUUAAGAAGCAGUGGAGUUGCUCUGUCAUUAGCAGUUGGCUUGCUAGAAGUUACAUACCCUAACACUGGGGCAAGAAUCAUGAUGUUCCUUGGUGGACCUUGCUCCCAAGGUCCAGGCCAAGUUGUUAAUGAUGAGCUGAAACAGCCAAUUAGAUCACAUCAUGAUAUUCACAAGGAUAAUGCUAAAUAUAUGAAGAAGGCUAUAAAACAUUACGAGGCCCUUGCAUUGAGGUCUGCUACUAAUGGGCACGCUAUUGAUAUUUAUUCCUGUGCGUUAGAUCAGACAGGAUUGAUGGAAAUGAAACAAUGUUGUAACUCUACCGGUGGUCAUAUGGUUAUGGGCGACUCAUUCAAUUCCUCAUUAUUCAAACAAACAUUUCAAAGAGUGUUUGUUAAGGACCAGAAGGGUGAUUAUAAGAUGGCAUUCAAUGGUACAUUGGAAGUGAAAUGUAGCCGAGAGUUAAAGAUUUCUGGUGCAAUUGGAUCGUGCGUGUCCCUGAAUGUGAAAGGCCCAAAUGUAUCAGACCAAGAAGUAGGCAUGGGUAACACCUGUCAAUGGAAGAUGUGUACUUUUACACCCAGUACCACUAUGGCCAUAUUCUUUGAGGUUGUUAGUCAGCAUGCCGCACCAGUGCCCGCAGGUGGGCGUGGUUGUGUACAACUAAUUACACACUACCAACAUUCCAGUGGACAACGUCGAAUUAGAGUUACCACCGUUGCCCGCAAUUGGGCAGACCCAGCUGUAAACUUGCCCCACAUCGCAGCAGGCUUCGACCAGGAAGCAGCUGCUGUGGUAAUGGCAAGACUAGUUGUCUAUCGUGCAGAUCAUGAAGAUGGUCCAGAUGUACUCAGAUGGCUUGACAGGAUGCUUAUACGUUUGUGCCAGAAAUUCGGCGAAUAUGCCAAGGACGACCCUAACAGUUUCCGUCUGUCGGAGAACUUCAGUCUAUACCCCCAGUUCAUGUAUCAUCUGCGGCGUUCUCAGUUCCUUCAGGUCUUCAACAACUCUCCAGAUGAGACUACAUUCUACAGACAUAUGUUGAUGCGUGAAGACCUUACGCAGUCGCUGAUUAUGAUCCAGCCUAUCCUCUACUCGUACAGCUUCGGUGGGCCUCCAGAGCCGGUCCUACUAGAUACUUCCUCCAUUCAGCCAGAUAGGAUUCUUCUCAUGGACACAUUCUUCCAGAUCUUAAUCUAUCAUGGAGAGACAAUAGCGCAAUGGCGAGCACUCCGUUACCAAGAUAUGCAAGAGUACGAAAGCUUUGCGCAGCUACUUCGCGCACCUGUCGAUGAUGCGCAGGAGAUUCUGCAAAGCCGUUUCCCCGUACCGAGAUAUAUUGACACAGAGCAUGGUGGCUCACAGGCUCGCUUCCUUCUAUCGAAAGUCAACCCAUCGCAAACACAUAACAACAUGUACGCCUACGGCGGGGCGAUGCCGAUACCAUCUGCGGACGGAGGCGCCCCCGUGCUGACGGACGACGUUUCGUUGCAAGUGUUUAUGGAACACUUGAAGAAAUUAGCGGUGUCAUCGACUGCUUAA